GCCGUACUCUAAGCAGGUGUCAUGGCAUGCAAGCGAUGCACAAACCAGACUUGCAUGAUCCUGACAUACGCCAACGAGGAUAGACACCAUGUCAAUAAACAUGUAAACUAACAAUCCCUGUUCUAAUCUAUGAUAGGCCAUUUCGAUCUGGACGAACCUACUCGCGAGACCUUCUUUGCUAAUCGGUCCUCUUCCAAAUGGCCUGCUGGAGGCUAACCUGGUCAGCCUCUCAACCCCUCAGAUCAUAAGAAAUCAUGGCCCAUUAUCAGCCUGUUCUUCUCGUCGACCACACCUGCAACAUCUCCAGGCGAAUUGACAUCCAGGAUGGCACCUACUACGGUUCAAUCGUUCAACGUAUUCCCAACUGGUACCCCUCGUGUCACCUCGACCACUGUGACGGCCUCUCAGAAGCGUAUGGUGGCCAUCUCUGUCAUUACUUUUCUCGGAUUUUCACUUCUCUGUGCCGUCUACGUGAUCUAUUGUCGGGUCUCUUAUUGGCGCAAAGAAAAGGCUUUCCUCAAGGAUCACGAUGAUAUUUUCUUAUCCGACGACGACACUCCCAGAACUCCCAACUGGAAGUUGAGUCACGGUCAAACAUACAAGAACUUCGUGGCAGAAACGCCGGGCUCCGAGAAGACACUGGUUUCGAAAACACCUCUUAUCAAGAAACCAGCCCCCGCCAUCCCUCGUGCCCGUUCCGGAUCAACAUCACCCACGAUUCACGCGCAAAGGAGGGCUACCAAUCCUUUUGAAGAUCCUUAUACCAACUUCCCCUCUCGCGUAGUCCGCACAGCUAAAUUGGAUAGGACACCGCCCUCCCUCACUCACGACCGCCUGGCUGCCAUGAUGGUCGACCCCAAGCUGGCCCCUGUGCAAGGACCGCUUAUGCCGCUUCAGGUCCACACCAGCCCCGUCUCCCGAUCAUUGUUCGAAUACAAGGGCCAGAACAUCUCACGAUCUGCCCAACGGUCUCGAGACCCCGUCUCUCCCAAGUACAUUCAGGUCCUCAUCAAUCUUGAGGUUAUUUGGCCACGAGUUGGGCAUCGUUGUCUUUAA